AUGGCAGGCAAAAAGCGAGAGAUCCAGUUACAGGCAGUCGUUAAUAGUCAAAGCCUGUGGGAUGAGAUGUUGCAGAACAAAGGCCUGACAGUGAUCGACGUUUACCAAGCCUGGUGUGGACCUUGCAAAGCAAUGCAAACUUUAUUCAGAAAAUUGAAAAAUGAGCUGAACGAAGAUGAACUUCUGCAUUUUGUUGUAGCAGAAGCUGACAACAUUGUGACUUUGCAGCCAUUUAGAGAUAAAUGUGAACCUGUUUUUCUUUUUAGUGUUAAUGGCAAAAUUAUUGCAAAGAUAAAUGGUGCAAAUGCACCACUUGUUAAUCAAAAGAUUAUUAACUUGGUCAAUGAGGAGAAGAAAAUUGCAGCAGGUGAAAUGGUUCGCCCUCAGUAUCAUGAAAUUGUGUUUGUAGAUCCAGAGGCGGAUGAUGGUGGGGAAGUACUCAAUGAAAGUAUUGAUCAACUCUACAGUAUUGCUAUUAUCAAACCCGAUGCUGUGCUUAAUAGAAAAUCUCUAGAGAUUAAACAAAAAAUCAUCAAGGCAGGCUUUGUGAUAGAAAUCGAAGAUAAGAGAGUGCUCACUGAGCAACAAGUAAGGGACUUCUACCGUCGGAUAGCAGACCAGCCUGACUUUGAAGAUUUUGUCCUUUUUAUGACCAGUGGCCUAAGCCAUAUUCUAGUUAUAUCUCAAGGAAAUGAAGAGCAGCCUGCUCUGGGAGAAACUGAAACUGAUCCUGAGACAGAAGCUAAAGAAAUAUAUGAGGAUCACCUUGCUAUGGUCACGACUCCAAUGAUGAGGAAGAAGCAGGACAGCUUAGAAGAAUAUCUGGAAAGACAACAUAUAUCUCAGUUUUGUGAUGUUGAAGAGAAUAUAACUGAUGUUAACCACUUUAUUGAUAUGUUCUUCCCUGAUUUUAAAAAUAUGGAAAACCUCAAAUUAGAAAAGAUCCUGGCAUUACUUCGACCAGCUCUCUUCCAAGAAAAGAAAGAGGAUGUUUUGAAGAUUAUUGAAGAUGAAGGCUUUAAAAUACUGAUGCAAAGGCAAAUUGUAUUAUCGGAAGAGGAAGCACAAACACUGUGCAAGGAAUAUGAAAAUGAGGAUUAUUUUGGAAACCUUAUAGAAAAAAUGACCAGUUUAUGCAUACGAUUUGCAAUGGAAGAUUUGCCCAUCAACCAGUUGUAUGGAAGUGAUUCAUUAGAAGCAGCCGAGAGGGAAAUACAGUAUUUCUUUCCUCCUCAAAGCACUUUAGCUCUGCUUAAACCUCAUGUAACACAGGAACAAAGAGAGGAGAUCUUGAAACUUAUUAGAGAGGCUGGAUUUGAAAUAACACAGAUGAAGGAAAUGCUCCUAAAUGAAGAAGAAGCAGAAAAAAUUUAUUCAAAAAUAAAAGGAAAAGAUUUUUAUCAAGAUGUAUUGGAAAUGUUAUCUGAGGGUCCAUCUUUGGUCAUGGUUCUGACCAAGUGGAAUGCUGUUUCAGACUGGAGACAAUUGAUGGGUCCUGUAGAACCAGAUGAGGCAAAACUACUGUCCCCAGACUCUAUCCGAGCCAAGUUUGGAAGAAGUGUUUUGAAAAAUGCUGUCCACGGAUCAUCUAAUACCUAUGAAGCAAUGGAGAGCAUUACUAGAAUUUUUGAAGAAUUUGUUCCUGAGAAUCCCGAGGAAAACUAAAAACUUUGAGAAGAUAAUGUGUGUAAGUUCCCACGGGCAUAUAACCAUGUGGCACAGCUUCCUGGGAGGAAUAAAAAGGAAGAUAUUCUUUGGAGGAAAAUCCGGUGUUACCUCAAGUUAAAAACUAACCUCCAAGUGAAAAACAUGUGGUUAUGCAUAAUAACAAUAAAAAAUAUGACCUUCAAACAAAUCUUAAUGUUUAUCUUUACCCUAUCUUACAGAGAGGAUUUAGGGUGGCUUAUAUAAAUGCACACAAGAUUGAAUAAAAUAGUUGGGGAGGAACAUGGAAUAUGGGGAAGAAGAGUGUAAGAUGGAGCGGGAAGCCAGGAUUGGAGUUAUAUACAAAAUGCAUAGAAGGCCCUAACGUAUAUUUAGAUGUUGGCCAAAAAUUUGACUCUAAGCAUUUCAGCAAUAAACUCUGAAAAGGUGUCGUGCUGAUUUACAGAAUUUGCAAUCUAACUACAGGACAAGUGCAGGCCAUGUACCUCCUUUCUUGACACUAAGACAAUGCAAAUCUCUCCAGGGAUGAAGUUGAUAAUAAAGUUCCCACUCAUUUUGGCAUUUUCCCCUCUCAGGAUGUAAUCUGAUGAUGUUUACUACAGCGAUGUACUUGAGCUUUUAGCCAGAGUUAUAUGUAAUUCCCAGCAUGUUGGCUAUGACACC